GAAUGGCAGAGGAGGAGCAUAAUGCUAAAGAAAAACAUUACACCAUGAUUUUAAUGAAACGUGCAAAACUAGCACAGGAACUGGCAAAACUGGAUGCUCUUCUAAAAUCCCAGCCUGAAAAUACUACUGACAUGAGUUCUCAGCAUGAUAUUCAGCCACUACCUUCAUCUGAUAGUUCCUUCUUGGAGGAAUUAAGGACCAGCGAAAGAUUGGAAAAAGAGCAGCAGGCAAGAGUUCCUUCUGUAUUUUCCACAUCACCAAUUCAACCUGAAAAUUGCUCUGUUGAAUACUUAAAAAAGAGGCCAUCAAGACAAAAACAGGUCUCUACAUAUACAGAAACAUCUUUUGAUGAAUCUGAUUACACAGACUAUAGUGAUGCUGAUUAUAUUCCAGACUCUGAAGGAAGUUCCUCUCAGAAAGACGAAGAUGUGCCUCUUAAUCCAAUUGCAAAGAAGCCUCUGCCUUCUCUGCGAUACCCCCAUUUAUCGCCAUCAAAACAAGAUAUUUCUUCAGAAAUUUCAGUGAAUAGAAAUGUUACCAUUAGUCCUAAGAAGAAGAUCUCUGAAACUCCAAGAAAGAGAAGGUUCUUAUCCCAAAGUGCAACAAAUAGCAAUGAAAGUACACCAAAGAAAAGCAGAGUUGAAGAGAUUUCGGACUCAAUCAGAGUGUUACCACCUUUAAAGUCUGGAAAUCGCCGUGUGUAUAAUAAGAGAAACUAUUGUCUGUAUUGUCUCCAACCCACAUCAAAACUUGCACGACACCUGGAGGCUGUACAUAAAAAUGUAGAAGAGGUUGCUCUUGCCUUUCAAUUCCCAAAAAUUCAAGAGAGAGACGCAAUAGGUUGA